AUGUCUUUCUCAAAUCUCUCCUCGGAAUUGGUCGAAAUGGUGGCUUCCUUCUUGGAAGUACCAGACCUGCGCAAUCUACGGCUGACAUCUCCACUCAUUGCAAAUCAGACAUCUCAUAUGUUAUGGAGGACAGCCCUGCAUACCCGCAAGACAGAUCUCUCAGCCACCAAUUUGACCAAACUGGAGGCCAUUUCAGAUACCCUCCAAUCGCGCUAUGUGCGCCACCUAACUGUGAAAGGGUUCGAUGAAGAUAAUCGAACUCUCGGAGAAGGGCUAGCCGGGCAACGUCUCCAGAAAAGAGAACUAGCUCUCAUAUGGCUACUUGUCAUACUCAUCCGGUUCAAUAACUGCACGUCCUUCGAAAUCGACGCUGUGUCGGAUUGCAAUUCCCCGAUUUUUUCAAGCACUUUGUAUCACACAGAGGCUAUUUCACUCAUUAUGGCGGUGAUUACCAUAACCAGCCAUCCCGUUACGUCGUUCACGGUUAACUACCGCAACGGCUGCCCAGAUAUAUCCGAGCUUGCUGCAGUACACGUCAAUGAUCCUCGAUUUGGUGCUGGAUGGGGACAUCUAAAAGAACUCAGAUUGAACCACACCGUGGCCUUUCCAAAGGUGAUGCAGUGGAUGCUUGAUGUGAUUAUCUGCGCGCCUAACCUGCGCAUCUUAUACGUCAAUCUGAACAGGGAGUACGAGACAGGGUGGUUGACUGGUCGAUUGGCUUCUGCAAAUAUCCCAUGGCCGUACUUAGAGAAACUGCAUUUGAAAAGGGUGCAUCUAACAAUCCAGGAUCUCUCCACCCUCUUAUACAGAUGCCGAAAUAGCCUCCGCGUCUUGGUCCUAUCGUCACUCGACAUUGAAUCCAACAGUACCGGCGAUGAUUUACAAGCGCUAUUCUGGUCUCUCGCUGACUUCUCAGCGCUAGAAACAAUCCACAUCAAAGGAUUGUCCGGCAAUUCCGCCGAACAUGUGGAAGGGGUUGUCCACUUUCCUGCAAUUUCCGAGGAUCCAGCCAUAGAUUGGGAAUGGGAGAUGAGGCCUCUUCAGGUGACUAGUCAUUUGUGGAUUAAUGCUAAUGUGAGGUAUUCGGGGACGAGGGUGGGUGAUGUUUUGAGGUUAUUGGCGGGGAGGUUGGAGCUUCUUUCGACGGACUUGGUUUGA